UACGAAGUUCGACUUACCCUAAAACCCUCGUUCGCUUUCAUAUAUAUAUUCACCCUCUCCGCCGCUCACUUCUUUAGCCUGAACACCUCCAUCUCACAAGCUAGGGUUUUCUCUGCGCUCCAAUGGGGAAGGGAACAGGGAGUUUUGGUAAGAGGAGGAACAAGACCCACACCCUCUGCGUGAGGUGUGGACGUCGCAGCUUCCACUUGCAGAAGAGUCGCUGCUCGGCUUGUGCCUUUCCUGCUGCUCGCAAGAGGAAGUACAACUGGAGUGUUAAAGCCAUCCGAAGGAAGACCACUGGAACUGGAAGGAUGAGGUAUCUGCGCAAUGUUCCUCGCAGAUUCAAGAGUGGCUUCAGAGAAGGUACUGAAGCUGCACCAAGGAAGAAGGGAGCAGCAGCAACUGCUUAAGCCUUCCAAUGAGUGAUUUUGAAUGUCAUUUGGGGUACCCAAUUAUAGCUUUAGAAAGCGAUUUUAUGAGUUUGGACAAGUUCUCUAUGAGCUUUGUUAUUGUUUUUGAUGGAUGUUAUAACUUUUAUUGUUUUAAUUGGGAUCUUCACUUCCUUUUAAUAGUAGUUGCUUUCAGUUUGUGACAAGAA